AUACUGUCGUUCAACCCUUUUCCAGUUCAUACGUACAAAAGAAAACGAAAAUAAGUCAAAGGAGGAGGCGCAAAUCGUCUUCGCUUCUUCGGCCUUGGAACGAAACGAAUCUCCGCAGAAGCAGAACGCAUCCAAUCCAAUCCGAUCCAAAGAUGGCCGCCGCCUCCCUCCUCCCGCUUCUCCUCCUCCUCCUCGCCGCCGCCGCCGCCGCCUCCGCCUCCGCGCGCCACGUCAUCACCUUCACCCCAGCCCGCGGCGUCUCCCCCGCCUCCCUCGCCUGGGACCCCACGGCGCAGCACUUCGUCGUCGCCGGCGGCGGCGAGGCCGUCCUCUCCGUCUCCGACGCCGGGGUCACCGAGUCGAUCGCGUCCCACCGCGGCGCCUCCGCCGUCGCCGUCGACGACCGCCGCCGCCGCCUCCUCGUGGCGUCCCCGGGCUCCGUCUCCGCCUACGACCUCCGCACACCGCGGCCCCACGCGCGGCUCUUCUCCGCCACGCUCCCUGACCCCGCGGCGCCGCCGGGCGGCGUCGCGGUGGACCCGCACUCCGGCGCCGCCUUCCUCACCGUGGGCGCGCGGAUCUACAAGGUGUCCCCCGACGGCGACCUCGCGGCGCUCCCCCCCUCGCCGGCGUACGGCGGCCCCGACCCGCUCGCCUCCCUCGCCGCGCACGUCAGCCGCGGGUUCCUGCUCGUGGGCCAGCCCAGCACGGGCCGCCUCCUCCGCGUCGACAUGGAGGACGGCGCCGCGCGGGCCGUGUCGGGAGCCCUGACGCCCCCCUCGCCGGCCGCGGUGGCGGUGCGGAGCGACGGGACGGUGGCGGUGGGCGGCGGCGCCACGCUGCGCCUCGUCGGCAGCAACGACGGGUGGUCGUCGUGCGCCGAGCGCGACGAGGCCGAGCCGGACGGCGGCGCCGCCGCCGCCGUGGCGGCCGUGGCGGUGAGGGAGCGGAGGCGGGUGUACGCGCUGGUGGCGGCGGCGGACGCGGAGAAGGCGGCGGCGUGGCGGAUCGAGGAGGUGUCGUGGAAGAAGGAAGGCGAAGGGGAGAUGGUUGUGGGCUUCGUCUUCGUCGGCGUCGCGCUCGCCAUCUUCAUGUUCUGGAGGUUCCAAAUGCGGGAGCUCGCCGGCAGCAUGAACAAGAAGAUCAGAUAGUAACAGCAUUGCAAUGCUCUGAACUCCAAAUUGUUCUAGGAUAUUUUUGAUUUCUGGUUGAAUUUAGGAGGAUUUUACUUGGUUUUGUUGCGCGACAGUUGGUACAGACACUUGUAGAAUAGAAAUUUUACUCAUCAUCGAACCAUGAAUCUAUCUACGACGACAGAAGAGGAUAGUAGAAAUGAUCCUGGUUUUCAGUUGUUUAUUGGAAGUACACGAUGUAGUAGAAUUUGAUCAAAAGGCUGUUACGGUUAUCUUGGUUCAUGAAUGCAAAGUGCAGUUCACAUCA